AUGCCCUCAGUGGUAGCGUCGGGCACUCGCUACAAUGUCCGAGUUUUGGAUAAUUUAGUAUGCGUGGGCCGUCGAGAACAUCACAAAACAACACCGUCUCCCAGUUUCAGACUCUUGUAUUCAGUAUCGGCAACAUGUACAACAGUUACACAGUUUGAGGUGGCGCUGUAAACCUCACUUCCUGGACAUUCGCCGGUUUGGACAAGCAGUCAAAACAUGUUGACGGUGAUCGGUCGUGUGUUUGCAAACAUGACCUUUUGUUUUUGCCAUAGGAAGCGAAUGCUCUUCCUUAUAUGCACAAUUUUCUCAUUAGUAUCACAGUCGUUAGGUAUUGGUGAAGUUAUAUGGGCAGUGAAUUGCGGGGGCGAAUCGCACACCGACAUCAACGGUAUUCGAUAUGAGGCAGAUUCACUGAAAGUGGGGAUCUCAUCCGACUAUGGAAAGACAUUAAUGGUUUCUCGAGUGGUCGCUCAGGACCAGAUUUUAUAUCAGACUGAGCGAUAUCACAUGUCAACGUUUGGGUACGACAUUCCACUCAGCGGAGAUGGUGAAUAUGUCCUCGUACUGAAAUUCUGUGAAGUCUGGUUCACAUCGCCAAACCAAAAAGUCUUUGAUGUCACACUAAAUGGAGAACACACAGUUGUGGAUGAACUGGAUAUUUAUAGUAAAGUCGGACGGGGAGUGGCACAUGAUGAACUUAUAGAAUUCACAAUUAGAUCAGGGAAGCUCAAAGUCAAUGGGGAAACAUCCAAGAUCAACAGCAAACUUAUAGUAGAAUUUAUGAAGGGAGAUUAUGAUAAUCCAAAAAUUAACGCAAUAUAUUUAAUGCAAGGAACAAUAGACGAUGUGCCCAAGUUACCAUCAUUACCAGGAACAGAGACGCCUCGAGAGGAAGAAGAGGUGGACGAAGAGGAAGAUUCUUCUGACAGGCCAUCCAAGACACGACGACCUUCAGGCCCCAAGGUCAAGGACCCUUAUGCGUCCGAUGACACCAGCACGAUGCUCCUUCCAGUUAUCAUGGCCCUAGGUGCAUUCAUUCCUCUUCUCUUCUGCCUUUGUAAACUCUGAGGUGAAGGAGGUUGCUAGUUCAGGGGUGAACAUGUGUAAGGUCAAAGGUCAUCAUAUGAAAAUUUGAAGUGUUUGGUCUAUGUACGUGAUAAAAGUAGAGUGGAUAUGAGUGUCAGAAUAUUAGACUAGAAGUUCAGUCUUUUUUUGGAGAUCAGGGAGAGUGAACCUGAAAAUUUAUAGUGAGCAUGAACUCUGGCAUCAGAGGCAUUUUUGUCUCUUUAUCAAAAGGUUAGAGGUUAAAGGUUGAACUGUUGGGUGCCUGAGGUUGCAGUAAGGAAGUAUGUUGAUUUUGGCAGUUUUGUUUCGUGAGGUCAGAUGUAAUUAUACAGGAAUUUUAAAUGAUAUCUAUAUAUAAUAUAUAAGAAUAUGUAAGGCCAAACAAAAGAUAUCCCUGUGUUUUUGGUAAAGACCAGAAAACAGUUUGAUUUUUAGUGCUGGUAAUAAAGAAAAUUUAUUAUACUCUUUGCCUGUAGCCAGCAGCCCAUAGCUGUCUAGUUAGACAUAACAAACUUUGAAUAUGAAUAUGAAAGUAGUAAGAUUCCUUAAAGUGUUUGGUAAAAAGGGCAGAUAAAUUGAUUUGUGUGUUUGCUGUCACACAUGAACAGCCACAGUCAUUUGUAGUAGUAGCUGGCAACAACUUUAUUGAAAACACAAGGGAGGUCUGUCGCAUGCCUUCCAGAGCAAUUAGGGUAAAGUGUCCUGCCCCAAAAACACAUCCAUAACAGCACAGACCGGCCCAUUUCUUCUGUUUUGUUCUGAAUGUGUUUGAUAGCUCUAAAUGAAAUAUAAAAUAUUGUUUAAAAUUGGUAUAAAACACUUUAGGUAAUGACUCAAAUGUAGGAAUCAUCUCAUAUUUUGGACUGAAAUAUGUUGAUAUUCCUCAUCGGAAUUCAAUUUUGAUUAAACUCAAAUUAAAGUUGCAAUAAAAGAGUUUUCGCUUUUUUAUAAAUUAAUGCUUCAUUAUUAUGAUUUAUUCAAAGACUGAGAUUUUAAUGAGAAGUAAAUGCUACUAGGUAGGAAAUAUUAACUACAUGUAUUGCUACCAAAAACACAGGUUACAUCUCAUAGGUCUAAGAGGUGUUUUUAUUGGUAUAUUUUGAACUUUAAUAAUUAAUAUAUGUACAUGUGUAUAUUAUAUAUUUUAUCACAAAAGGACAAAUUUCCAAAACUUGUCUGUUUUAUGAAGACAUUCUUUUUAUUUCAGUGAUAUCAUAUUUAUAAUAAUAAUAGAGGGUUUUAAGAUGUACAAUGCAACAUGGCAGUUUUUUUGACAAUGAUAUAAUCAGACAGUUUUUGUAAAAAAAAAUAAUGUUUCCAACCUAAGUUCUUUGUAAAAUUGACAUUAACUUCAUUUUAUUAUAUUGUUGGUUUUUGUUUGUAGAUCAUAUACUUGUUAUGUAAUUGCUUAUGAUGGUAACUUUAGCUUUUAACUAAAGUAUUGUAUGCCGAUUUUUUUUUUGAUUUUUUUUUGCAAAUCUGUUUAAAAAAAGUAAAUAAUGAUAAAAAGAUUCAGAAUUUGCCUGCCUUAUGCAUAAAAUAGCAUAAAAUCAAUUUUAUGAAUUCAUUAAAAAUUUGGAAAUAUCAUUAUACAAGUCAUAUUGAAAUAGAUAUUAACCUAACGAAAGGGUUCAAAUUAUCAUCAAUGUUGUUUAAUGACAAUCGUGUCAUGUACAUCCUUUAAUAAGCUCAGGGACUAACAACAGCUUUUAACAUGUGGCAGUGGGCUUAUUGAAGAACUACGAUGAAACAUGUUGGAAUUUUGACUAAACAACAGGACAGGGAUGGGCUUAUUGGCGAAUAAAUCUGGUAUAUAUACUUACUACAAUGGAACAUUUAUUUUAUCGUGCUUCUUAUGUGGCUCAUUCUAUUAACUAAAGCUUAACACAUAUCUAUUUUAGUACCGGUAGCUCAUUUUAGUUGCAGACAAGUACAGAUAAAACCUGCUUCAUUUGGAGUUCAUGCAUCCUGUAUCCUCAUAAAACAUAAACCCAUUGAAAUGGGAUGUACAGUGAGAUUAUAUUGUAGAUCAUAGUGACAAUUGAAGUUUCCUCUGGCCCUGACACCAGAAAUAGACGUUUUGAUGGAUAGGUAUCCCGUGUAGGGCUAAGUCGCUAUACUUAUAUGUCUGUUUGAAUUUGUGAUAGUAAGAAAUGUGGUGAAAACACUGUCCAACAGAUCCCAUGUAAAAUGGAGGUAUUUGUAAGCAAGAAUGAUUUUUGUUUUCAUGUAUUAACAUGAACUGUGUUUAAUACAUUCAUACAUUUUACCUCAUGAGUUCUUGUCCUGCUGUGUCUAUUGUAAACCCACCUGGUCUAGUUUUCCCCCGGCAGAUUGGGGCUCAGGGAUGACUUAACACUGUGUUAUGUUUUGAUAUAUGUAAGAGUUAUUUCCCCUGUAUAAUUUACUAAACAGCUUUAUACCUAACAUUGUCUGAAAGAGAGGUAGGACCAAGAAUAGCUAGGUCUCUGUGUGAAACACAUUUAAACUCAUCCUUCUGACUGAUAAUUAUUCACAGUUGUAAUCAAUACCAUUAAGUUUUAGAAAAAUGAUUGCAAUACCACAUUAGAAUAUCAAUGUGUAACCACAUGCAGACUUUGUAAGAAGAAAAUCUAUGUUCAACUAGAAAUCAUUGCAUAAGCAUUUCAUAUACUGACAUUUCAGAGCGAGAUUUCCGAUUUUUUACUGUCAUCAUUCACAAGAGCAGAGUUUCAUAUAUGUUAUUAAUAAGUAUUUGUCUCGUAUUCCAUCAUUGCAAAGAACAACUUGAACAGUUGAUUCUGUUACCAUACCCUCGGUACAGUUAACGACUGGACCAGCCUAUUUUGUGUGUAAUUUAAGUAUAUUUAAGUACGUAUGUUUAGGUAGUAAAGCAGAAUCUCAGUAGGUCAAAUGUUGUUCUUUCUCUUUUGUAUAGAGUUUGUCAUUCGCUCAUUUGAAAGAGAAAUCCAUUGAGACUCGAUUGUGUAAAAAUGAGGUCAAAGAGUGUUCAGUAGGUCAUGGAAGUAUGUCUAAGUGGUAACUAGGUCAUCUGUAUUAACUAUGUAGCUGUUUUGUGUGAGUCAGACUGUUAACUAGGUCACUUAAUCACACUUAUGUGUAAAAUUUUGGUCCCAGACUGCCUAUUUUUUUAAGUAUUUUUUUUUUUGCUUACAAGAGUGUCUAAAAUCUUAAUGGCUCAAAAAUGAGCCGAUUGCAUUGUAUUAACUUGUAUUUACUCGAGAUGUUUCAGCAAAAACUGUUUGAAUUUAGAUAAUAAACCAGGGUUUAAGUUAAGCAAAAAAAUGUUUAGAUUUAGAUAAUAAACCAAAAAACCUCCUGUAUGCGACCUCUUUCCAAACUCCAGAUCUCCAGUUUCCAAUGUUGACCCCUUGAUCUUUCACAUACACUGCUUUAUAACAGUAAAUUUUUGUGACAUUUAAAUUUAAACACACAGCAUCGUAAAGUAGGAAAGGAAGAAUUAAACUGUGCUAAUCUGUAUCAACUUGACUAUCAAGAUAGGUAAACAUUUGUCUGGUGAAAACUUACUGGAUUCACUAGUUUAUAGAGAAUAAUGUACAUUGUAGGACGUCUAGAAUAAACAAGAUCAUACAGUGAAGUUGUUCGAUCAUUCACUAACUGAAUUUUUUUUACUUAUGAGGUCAUACAUAAUGUACAUUGAUGAAUAUGCUAAUUGGUAUAAACUUGCUAUUUCAUACAGCCUCAUAGUGAUAACUUGGUCAUACAAUGAUACCAGGUCAAACAAUAUGACCUAGUUAAUUAUACAUGUAUUGAAACAUUUUGUGGAAAAUUCCUCAGCUUCAUUACUGGAGAAGACAUCAUACCUCUGCUUGGGGAUCAAACCCUGGACCUAUGGUUGAUGUAAAAGACUUAAAGUGCUCAAGUGACCAGACUAAAGAGAAUCAAUGUUUAUGUAUAUCUUAAGGUAAAACUAAAAAAAUAGGUUACUUUCUUUAAAUUUCGUUUAAUUUUACUCAUUAACAUGUUUCUUUCUAGACUGAGUAUCUCUUUGAUAUGUAUAUGUUAGAUUUUUUAUGCGUCUUGAUUGGUAGAAUAGAGUGUUUAAUUUGAUUAUUUUAGAAGUUAUUGUCACUAUAGAAGUAACUUGGGUGAAGUUUGUCAAUUGCCAAAUGUUACCUUGUUUUGAGAAAUACAGCAACUGAAUCUAGCAACGUUUAUUGAUGAAGUGUUUGUUUUGUAAAGUUUGUGUUAUUUCAUUUUUCAGAUGCAUAAUCUUAAAUAUUAAAAUGGCAUUUGCCUGUUUAACCAAAGCAUCUUCUGUUACAUACAAAAAUCUCUCUGGACCAUAGUCACUUUUAGGGAUUUUUUUUUUGAAUUACAGAGAUGUAAAUAUAAAAGAAAAAUCUGAAUAUUUCACAUCAACAGAUGAAAGUUUUUUCUAAACAUUAGAAUUGUCACAGGGGUUAGAAACCUGGUAUAAAACACUAUAAUUAAUUUUUCUUUGUUUUCAUGGUAAAUACUCAAAUGUGAUUGGUCGAAAAAUUCUUUUCAUUCUUCUAUGAAAGAAAUUCCGAGAAUGGCGGUCACAAUACGACAAUUGACGUUGCGUAUUGAUUUGAGAAAAAGAAUCCCAUUUAAAAUCAGUAAAAUUGUACAUAAAACAUGUUUUAAAUUAGAAAAUCAUUUUCAAAAAUUAAGUAUUAAGUAUUGAUGUUAUUUUUUUUUUAGUUUCAUCAGGUAUGAAACAAAUUUUGUUUGCAAACUGUAUGAAUCCGCGAACAAAGUUUGUUUCAUACCCCGAUGAAACUAAAAAAAAAAUGACAUCAAUGCUUAAAUGAAUUGUAAUAGUAAACUGGCAUAUAUAUACAUAUGUAAAUACUCUAUACCAUUCCUAUGAUCAACAUAUUAUUUUUCUGGUCCCUAUGCUUUCAAUCUAUACAUCUCACAGGGGCUUGGUAUGAAUUCCCAACCUAUGCUUCUAAUAUAUAUAUAUAAUUUGCGGCCAAGCCCCUGUCAUAUAUUUCUUACCCACAAGAUAUAUGUAUGAUUUUAUGAUUUUAUUCUUCCCAAAAAAUAGCAAAAAUAGAUCCAUUCAAAAAUCACAUCUCUAGUGUAUUAAUAGUGUUACAUUAAUUUGGCAAUAACUCAUGGGUCCCAUUGGUUAUGGGAAUGUCCACAGGGACUUGUAGCAUGAAUAGUAUUAUUUUGACAACCCAAAUUGGUGUUUACUUUUAAUUUUUUUUAAAAGGACUAUUAUAGUAAAAUUUCAGUUUUUUACUUGUGACAACAUUCUGCUAAAUAGUGUUGUUGAUCCUGUCCAGAAAUAGUGUCCUUUUCUAUGAACUAUGAUGUUUUGUAAUUAUGAAAUAAUAUAUAUAUGUAACGUUGCCUUUUGUGUAUCUGAAGUGUUAACUAGUGAGCCGAGUAUUUCUUUUGGAUGUUGGAAUACAUGAUGUCUCCUAUUGCAAUAGGUAUUUUUGAGGAGUGUGAUGUUUUGAUGUUGAAAGUAUGUAAACAAAUUUAGAAUAUGACUUUUGAAUGUCAUCUAUGAUUUUGAAUGUCAUCUAUCAGGAGCUACAUUAAAACUGUCCUUAGGGGAAAAAAA